UUCAAUGCUGUUUUCCUGCUGUCAUUUUCACUCCAUUGUCCAUGUUACGUUUUUCAAAGUCAGGUUUCUAGUUUACAUUUGUUAAACUUCUACUUUGUUGUAUUGGGUGUUAUUGGUUGUUACUUUUAAGUUGUUUUCAAGAAUUAAACUUUGGGUUUUUUUUUUUGUUUUUUUUUUUGAGAUUUCUCUCCAAAUCGCCUGCGUCCCUGCUUCCCUGCAUUUGGGUCCUCCAUGCCUUGCUGUUCCUUCCUUGCCCUCACUGUGGCAGAAUCAAGAUGGUAAAUGGCUGAUAAGUCUGUUUCGGUGGAGCUGAGCUGCGGGGCCGGACCAAGCCAUGUCGUGUUGGAGCCUGGGUCCUCCCUCACGCUGGACUGCAACCUGGGGGCCCGCGACACACCGCUCAACAUCUCCUGGCUCCACGACGGCCAGCCCCUCCCUCUGGAGGCCAACGAUGCACAGCGGUACAUCGUUGACCAGUCCCUCCUCCUGCUGCUCGGGUCUGUGGAUGGAGCUCCCCCCCAGGCUCUGGAGGGAGGCUACAGCUGUGUGAGCGCCAGUGCACAUGGAGCUCUGACCAGCCGGACUGUCAAUGUGCUGCUGGCAAGUCUGUCCUCCUUCCGUCAGGAGCCUUCACCUCAGACUGUGCCUGCUGGUGGUGCGGCUCGCUUUGAGUGCCAGAUCGAUGGUGUGCCCACACCUGUAAUUACUUGGGAAAAGGACAAAGUCGCUGCCCCCAAGCACCCAAGGUUCAUUUACCUCCCUAAUGGCGUGCUCCAGAUUCUGGAGGUUACCACAGAGGAUGAGGGCGCCUACCGCUGUGUCGCAUCCAACUCUGCCGGGAGGGACAUGAGUCACGAGUCCCGGCUCACUGUGACCAAAGAUUCUGCAGAACCCCUGAACAGAGUUAUGAUCGUGGCACCGCCACAGAAUGCGACUGUGGUGCUGGGUCGUGCGGCAGUGAUGGAGUGUAUGGCCCGUGGCCAGCCCAUGCCGCUGGUGUCCUGGAGCAGACUAGACGGGAAGUCCAUUUCCACAGACGUGGUCGUCCUCGCCACUAAUCUGGUGAUCAGGGACACAAGACGCCACCACGGGGGGGUCUACGUCUGCAGGGCCAACAAGCCUCGCACCAGAGAAUUUGUCACCGCUGCUGCUGAGCUGCAUGUGUCUGCACCUCCAGUCAUUCUUCAGCCCCCGGAGACAGUGUCCCUCUCCCGGGGAAACACAGCUCGAUUCGUGUGCAACAGCUCCGGUGAGCCUGCCCCGGUGUUGCGCUGGCUGAAGAACGGCCGGCCGGUCCGUUCCUUCCGGCGCGCCAAGAUCCAAAACCCCGGCGUCCUGCUCAUCAACCAGCUGGCCCUUGAGGACGCAGGCUAUUACCAGUGCAUUGCCGACAACGCCCUGGGCAGCGCCUGCGCUACCGCCAUGCUCACGGUCAUCGUGAGAGAGGGCCUCCCCGGUCCGCCUCGACGCCUCUCCGUCACUCCUUAUUCCAGCACUACUGCUCUGCUCACGUGGGAGAAACCAGAGUACAACUCGGACCAAAUCAUCGGCUACUCAGUGCACUGCCAGCGGGCUGCAGGCUCAGACAACGUGGAGUACCAGUUUGCAAUGAAUAACGACACCACCGAGUAUCACGUGAAGGAUCUUCUCCCCCACACCGCGUACACCUUCUUUGUGGUGGCGUAUUCUCCCUUGGGAGCCAGUCACCCGUCUCUGCCCGUUACUGUCGACAUGCUCGAGGACGUUCCCAGCGCGCCUCCUCAGCUGUCAAUAGCCAGCACGUCACCGACGGACAUCAGGUUGAUGUGGCAUCCGUUGUCCUCGCAGCACAGUCGAGGGGCCGUUACCAGCUACCGUAUCGAGUACAGCUCUCUCGAUAACGCGGACACUAUUUUCUCAGUGGAGGUGGCCGGUAAUGAGACUCAGUUUACGCUCAGGGAGCUGCAGCCCAACCAGGCGUACAGAUUGAGGAUAGCAGCUGGAACAGGUGUCGGUUUCGGGGUCCCGUCCGAGUGGGCUCACCACCAGACGCUGGCCCACUACAAUCAUACCAGCCACCGCACGGUGAUGUUUGCACCCACUGAGCUGAAGGUCCGAGCUCGAGUAAGUACGCUCAACGUCACGUGGCAGCCCUCGCCCAAUCACACGGCCGUCUCCGGCUACAAGUUAUCCUGCCAAGAGGUGGACGCCGAUGGGGAGAAGACGACGCAGACUCACGUAGUUAGGCUCCGCAAGAAGGCCAGAUACCAUCUCCUCACGGGGCUUGUUCCCGACCAAAGGUAUGAAGUGAGAGUCUGGGCGUUCACCAAGCAGAUAGAUGGCUCAGCUGCAGUAUGGAAAGGAAGAACAGAAAAGGCUGAUAAAGCGUCUUUCCUGCCCAUGCGGCCGCCGCCUUUGCCACCGAGCAUCAUUGAGGCACUAGCCAAUGGCACCACGUCCAUCCGGCUCCGCUGGGAGAAACCUCGCUUCAGCACAGUGCGCAUCAUCAACUACACGGUGCGCUGCAGCCCGGCCGGAACCACCAACGCCUCGCUGGUCACGUACCACACCAGUUCCGCUCAGGAGAUCCUGAUCGGGGCGCUGAAGCCCUUCACUCGUUAUGAGCUGGCGGUGCAGUCCAAUGCCGUGGAUGCAGUGGGACCCUUCAGCGGCACCGUGGAGGAGUCCACCCUCUCUGACAGGCCGUCCUCGCCGCCACAGGAGCUCCGACUGAGCUCCAUUGACUCGUCCUCGGUGCUGGCGAGCUGGCGGCCUCCGCUGGAGCCCAACGGUGUCAUCAUGUCCUACAGGAUUUUAUAUAGCAGCAACCUGAGCCAACCCGACCACAUGUGGAGGAACCUCUCUCAGGAGGGGGGCAUCAACAAUGUUGAGGUCAAGGGACUAUCCAGUGGCACCCAUUAUUUUUUCAAGUUGUCAGCAUCUACAGAGGUGGGAGCUGGGCCUUAUUCGCUUGUGAAGGACAUCCAUACCCCUUCGGAACAAUAUGAGCUGGACAUCCAUGCAGUAACGGGCAUCAUUGUUGGAGUGUGUCUGGGUCUCAUUUGCAUCCUCCUCUGCAUGUGUUUCAGCUUCCGCAACACUAAGUCGAGGGGGGUAUCUGGUGGCUUGGACUCCUCAGCCGCGGCCACCCACUACAGGAGAGGCGGGCACCCCAGUUCCGCCCAUGCGCCGGAGUGCAGCGAUUGUCACGAGCUGGAGACACUGAUGCCCUCCACUGGCCAAGAAUCUGGCCAGUUAUCUUCAGAACCCCCCGAGGAGCAAAGCCUGACGGCCGCUUGGAACGGCUCCAUCAGUCAUAACUGGGCCAACAGAAUCACCCAGUACAGAGACACCAUCACCGAAGACUCAUCGGGAUUCACCGUUGGAAAACUCAACAUGAAAAAACAAACGGAUUUUCCGAGCGCAUCCCAGUCCAGGACCCAGGUGGAAGCCGAGGUCAUCGUCCACUCACAGCUGUCCGACCCGGCUAACGUGAAGGCUAAGGAGGAGGAGCUAAGGAGGUUGAAGGACUCUGACGCUACCCGUAGACCCUCGAUAGGCCAGACCGAGGAGAACCUUUCUGGUAAACAAACGUUGAGCCCGAGCCCGCAGAGUCUUCACCUGACAAAUCCGGAGCCCGACUGCAACAGGCAGAUAGAGGAUGGACCGACGGAGGCGGUUUGCGCCGGACCAAAGCAGGACUCGGGGCUGACCAACGGCUUCCACUCUCCGAAGACGCUGUGGCCUGUGCCCAAGUCCGGGGAAAACGGGAACGUUCGACGAUGCCCCUCAGCACAAGCAAACACCAAGUCUGGCGGGCUCACGCCGGUUCCUUUUGUCACUUCAGGCCUGGUCCACCCUACCUCAGUAGCACACAGUUACUUGUGCCCGUAGUUUCUGCAUGCCAGGCUCGGGCAAAGGGAAACAUUCUUACCGGGGACGAUUGUGUAAAUGCUCCUCAUUGUCAGAUUUCUUUUGUAUUUUGAAUCUGCGCUUUCACGAUGCAGUCUAUUUUUUGAGGGAGAGCGCUCGUUUUGGAAGGUAUGCAUUGAAACCAUACAUUCCUCUGGGCUGCGACAUGAACAGAAUUCAAGGCAGACCUCUCAAUGCCAGACCCAAGACGGGUACCAAAAUGGUAGGCACCAGUCCAGUGGGUCUAACUGAGGAUCCGUGCACAAUUGGAAGAAUGUCCAGCACCUGUGUCUCUUUUUUAGCCUCAUGCUGCCUCAGGGUCACAUCCACACAACUGGAAAAUGUGUCAAUGUAGCUCAGCUGUUCUCACACACAGAACCACAGAUGUUUGCAGUGUGGCAUUUUGUGUUGCUGUGCGAUGAUUGCGUAAAACUUGGCAUCAAAUUAGCUACUGAGAACUAGAGUGGGCUAACUCAAUUGAAGCAGUGCUUUAAAGUUUGAUGGCUGAAAUCAACUCUGGGGCAUUUAUACAGCAACGGUUACUUCAUCCGGAUAUUUGUCAUCCCUUCAGAGUACUGUUUAUUCCAAAUAUCCACUAAACCUAUCAUCAAAGAUGUUAAAAAUUCACUCAUACUUCAACAUGCAGAUGCACUGGCGCCCAAGCUAAAGCAGUAUUAUUUUCUGAAUCUUCUAUAAAUCUGUGCAACUCUCAUUCUGUGAUAUGUUUGCAGAAGUUGGAGAUUGGAAGUGGUAGCUGGCCAGUAUUCAUCUGAAAAUAUAUGCCUUUUUUGUCUGUGCUCAAAAAUGAUUCCAACGGAAUUAGCCUAUUCUAGGUUUCACUGGCCUGAAUGCAAACAAGUAAAAAAUUAGUUGUGCAUCACAGCAUCGGAUCCCAAUACUCCUAAACAGCUUAGCCAAGUUUUUUAUUUACAAUUUUAUUUUCCAACACGU